AUGGCCGCCGCCGACGGCCCGACAGAACGAGACGACGGAACCCACGAGUAUUGGAUACAGGUGGGCAUCGAAGGCGACUGGCAGCGGACUAUAUUGAAGCUGAUUCGGUUCAGCCGCUUGAAGGGUCACUGGCGCGAGUUCGGUCAAUACUUGAACUACGUAAAGAAUCACAGGAGAGCAGAGCGCCAGGGAACGUUCAACGAGAUGCGCGACGCAGCGCAGCAAGAUCGACAGGACAUACACGAUCCACGGCAACAGAAAGCCGCGCCCCAGCGACAAGCAGACCAGGCCGGAGAGCCUGAGAUCAUCAGACGGCUCGGCGAACCACAGGCCUUCAAGAAUGAAGAGUCGAAGUUCAGCGAGUGGCUCCAGGAGCUCAACAGCAACGUGCCCAGCGUAUUCGGCGCGAACUUCCGGCCGGUGAUCGAGCGGGCGGUCGACCAGGCGAACGACACGGUCACGCCCACCACAGCCGCUGCGGUGGAACAGUUAGUGAACGAGGCCGAGGACGGCGAGGCAGUCGACAAGGUGGACGAGAAGCUCUCGCAGCUCUACGCGGUGUUCUUCUCGCUCACGGAGGGCGAGUCCUUCGGCCUGGUGGUCAGCGCAGGCCAAGGCAAUGCAGAUGAAGCCCUACGAUUGCUGGUGCGGCGUUGGGGCCCUAGCAGCGGCGGUCGCCGCCGCGCGCUGCUCAAGAAGAUCACGGCGCCGGCCAGGGCUGCGAAAUGGGAAGUGUUGGUCAGGCGCCACGAGAGGCGCCGAGCCGACGGACGAGACGCACACCUAGACGACGAGAUCAAGAUGAGUGCGCUCGAGAGUCUCGCGCCGCAGGACGUCGAGAUGCACCUUGCCCUCAGCCGCACCAGGCUCCAGGACUACACAUCGAUGCGCGAAGAAGUCAGGGGCUCCCUGGAGACCAGACAGGCUCAAGGAGCCCUUGGCCGGUCGAGAGGCGAUCCGACGGAGGUCGACGCGUUCGGCCAGCGCUUCCAACAGCAAGGCGUUCGCCGAGGCUACCUCAACAACUUCGAGGGCGACACGCAGAGCACGAUCAGCACGCAGCGACCGGCAUCGGCCUCACAGGCCGGCGUAUGCAACCAGUCACCCGCCGCGCUCAGCUUCGACGCCUUCGAGCGCGUGCUGGAGCUGAACAGCGUGGAGGUGAAGGACGAGAAGCAGUACAGGAAGUGCAUCACGAUGACGUUCGACACCGGCGCCGCUGCCACGGCCUUCCCGCUCGCUGCCACGGCCUUCCCGCUCGAGCAGGAGGGCGAGUACACCGAGGCCGACGGCAGCUCACACCGCGCAGCCACCGGCGAGAUCGUAGAGGACGAGGGCGGCGUCGGCAUCAAAGGAGUGUCGGAGCACGGCGAGAGUAUGUUCCUGAAGGACAGGCGCGCGAACAUCGGCAAGCCGCUCCUGUCCGCCUCGGCCACCGCCGCCAAGGGCCACUUCACGCGGGUCAACGCCUUCGGCGGCUACAUCUUGAAGGAGAGCGAGUUCACGCAGAAGAUCCACCAGAUGAUCGACCAGUGCGUGGCUGAGGGCAACGAGGGCAUCGUGACGCUGCACUUGCAGAACGGAGUCUACAAGAUGGACGUGCUGAUGGACCAACCUGCCGGUGCCACUUCGUCGGGGUCGGCCUCUCGCGGACCCUCAGUGGCAGGCAACGGCCCCGCGGGAGGCGCGAGCGCCUCGGAGCCGCCGGACCGGCUGCAGUACGAGAAGGGAUCGGAGACGGCGAAGACUAUGACGGCAAUCCUCAGGAGGUUGCACCAGCGAAAGUGCAGUGACGAAAGCGACUACUUACUCGAGCUGAAGUCGAUCAACACGAGGCUACAGGUCACGCCGCAUUUCGAGAUUGGUGUGAAGUUCGUUGUGCAGCUCGAGGGCUUGGCCAACCUCAUGAGCUACAAGCUGAAGCUCGCGAAGGAGGACGAGGGCCAGGAGGACAACUUCCCGAUGCUGGUGGCCAGAGAUUCUAAGACGAAACUGCCUUCAUCGACAGCGAUUCCGGGUAAGAAGGUCACCAACUUCAUGAUCAAUAUUCCGAUGAGCUUCAUCCUGCACCUCGGCUACCGCAGGCUGAUCUUCCUGAGCGACGGGGAGCCCGCGAUCGCGGCGCUCAAGACGGCGGUCGCGGUGGCGACGCCGACGGUGGAGUUUCUGCCUCGAGAAUCGCCAGCAGGCGAGCACCAGAGCAACGGAGGCAUCGAGGUUACCGCGCGAGAGGUCAAGAGGCAGGUCAGGGCGAACAGGUACGCGCCGGAGGCCAAGCUCGGCAGGAAGGUGGAUGAUGACCACCCGAUCUUGAAGCGGCUGCCCCAGUACGCCGCGGCCUGCAUUGGCCGGUACCGACGCGGAACCGACGGCCUCACUGGAGAACAGCGGCGUUCGGGCCGCGACUGGAGGAAGCUGGAAGCAGAGUUCGGCGAGCGGGUGAUGCACGGGCCGCUCGCGCCAGGAGGUCGCAGGAGUACCAUGGAGGAGCGCGCGAUGUCCGGGAACUUCCUGGGCUACCACAUGCGGGACGUCCUGCGCCGCGACAUCGAGAAGUAUGGUGCCACUGCGGGCUGCCCAGGAUGCCUGGUGCUGACGCAGAAGGGCAAGAUCACGAAAUCCCACAGCGACGAGCGCCGCAACCGGAUCGCAGUGUUCGAGGUCAAGAAGCAGCUGGAGGAGACCAAGCUGCCCUACCGCCGCCCGCUGGGGACGGCGAUCGAGCUCCUGCCCCAGAGCCGAGGGGCACCGAGGUGGCGGCGGUGCCGGCUGGAGGCGGUGCCAGCGAACCGAGCGCUGCCAGGAAGCGCCGAGGAGACGCACCCGAACCUGGACGAGCUACCCGGGCACGAGGCGAUGCGAGAGGAAGCCCAGCACUUGCAACUGCUGAAGCUCGGCUCGCGCUCAAGCGAGCGCCGGGCUCCAGAUGGAUCGAUGGACGUCGAUUCCCUGGAGCGGAUCAACGGCUACGACAAAGGCCACACGUUUGUCAUGAUAUACGAGCUGGCGGUGUUCCAGAUGCGGACGAACGCCAACGUGAACGACGCAGAGCAGGCGGAGGAGAUCGCGCCACUUCUUACCGAGAUGUGCGCAGUGGACACUGCGGAAGUUUAUUCGCCGAGAAGAUUUGCAGAGAUGACGUUCAGGUAUGGCCUCACGUACGGCCUGGCAGUGGAUAUCGACACUGGCUGGGAUCUGCGAUUGCCCGAGCAGCGAAAGGAGUGCAAGAAGCAGCUGAAAGACGAAGACCCGCUGCUGACGAUCACCAACCCGAGGAUCGUGGAGGCGGAGAUCCUGGAGGGCGAGACGCACCUCGACUUCAGCAGGGAGAUCUGCAAGGAGCGCCACAAGGCAGGGAAGCUAUUUCUUCACGAAGCACCUUGGUCAGCGAGCAGCUGGUACCGCCCAAGCGUUCAGGAGGUCAUGCAGUUGGCAGGCGUAUUCUUAGUCCAUGGACCUAUGUGCCGCUGGCACAUGCAGGCGACCGACUCCAACGGAAAGUUGGGCUUCGUUCGGAAGGAGACCGGGUGGCUCACUAACAGCGAGCUGCUCGCCGAGAUCCUCAAAGGACCACACCCACAUGAAGAAGAUACUGAGGUGUUCGCUGAGUACCAGGACGACUACUUCAUCGACGAUCUCACGGGCGACAUUCUGGAUUCCGAGGGCGCGCAAGCCGCGUGGCAAGAAGAACUGGAUUGGUGCCGCGGGAGGCAGGUAUGGAAGAAGGUACCUAGACGCGAGAUGCUCGAGAACGGCAAGAAGGCAGUGACCCUGAAGUGGAUCGACACGAACAAGGGCGACCGAGGUCAACCACGGUAUCGCUCGAGGCUGGUCGCGAGGAAGAUUAGGAAAGCGAUGAGGUCCGAAGAUCGACCAGAUCAAGCUGAACUAUUCUCGGCCAUGCCCCCGCUGGAAGCGUUCAAGGCGAUGGUGGCCAUCUUCGUCGGCCGCGUGAACGACGCCUACCACGACGGCGACACAGAGGAGAUCAUUUACAAGUUUUACGACAUCUCAAGGGCGCACUUCUAUGGAGAUGUGAAUCGCGAGGUGUAUGUGGAGUUACCCGAGGAGGAGACCAACGACGAUCCAGAGCCCAUGGCGGGCAGGCUACUCAAGACAAUGCAUGGCACAGUGGAUGCAAGUCAUGUGUGGCAAGACGACCACAUCGGCCUGACAAGCUCGCACGGCCUCAAGAAGGGCGCCUCGAACCCAGCGCUGCUGCACCACGCCGAGCGUCAUAUACAAGCGGAGGUCCACGACGACUUUGGCGUGAUUAUGCGCAAGUCCCAGGAACAGAGCGUGGUUUAUCUCAACCGGGUGUUGAUCUGGAACCCCUUCGAGCGCUUGGCCUACCUCGAAGCGGACACCCGGCACGUGAAGAAGGUGAUCAGGGACCUGGGCUUGGAGAACGCGAAGGAGGUGACUACCCUGGUUGUCAAGUGGUCUGUCGCGGAGAUCCAGAGUAGUAACCAGACCUCGCCGAAGUUGGACGACGAGAAGAUGAAGACCUACCGCAGCGUGACCAUGCGAAUCAUGCACCUGAGUCUGGACCGGCCCGAAAUCAGCUACAGCGCGAGCACGCAGGCUAGACGCACGAAGGAGCCGAAGGAGACCCACAUGGAGGAUUCGAAGCGCAUCGGCCGCUACCUGAAGAAGCACCCCGCUGGAAGGUCGCUGUUUCCCGCUCAGAGGCUGCCCAGAAAGGUCGGCGUUUACUGCGACAGCGACUACGCGGGCGAUCCGAUUACGAGGCGCCCCCGAAGUGGAAUGGCCAUUCUAUGGGGGGCGCAUCUGCUGAAACAUGGCAGCACGGUCCAAUCCACGGUGAGUUUGAGCAGCGGCGAGGCCGAGUACUAUGCACUACUGCGUGGAGCCUGCCACGGUUUUGGAGCACAGGCCACCUUGGCCGACCUGGGAGUCGAGGUGGACUACGAGAUGGAGCUUUACAUCUUCAGCGAUAGCUCAGCCGCGAGAGGAAUUGCAAGCCGACAGGGACUGGGAGCUGUUCGACACUUGGAUGUUCGAUUUCUGUGGCUGCAGGAACGUAUUCAGAGUAAAAGGCCGUGGCUGAAGACGGCCGAUGGGCACUGGAACCCGGCGGACCUGUUCACGAAGGCCCUCGACCAAGACACGAUGGAGCGGUUGAUGAAGCUGAUCUGCUUCACGAUGAAGUUCGACGGUAGCGUGAGGCACCGUGCGUUGCGAUGCAUGACGCCGGUUGUUUGCCGGCGCACGUCUCGUGAAAAAUGA